UGGUUGCCAUGACCUGCAUGUAGAGCCGGCACUGGGCAAAAGUACAGGCACUUAAACAUAAAUUACCCGCACGUUCAUCCAUUCCUAAUUUCGUGAAGUAAUCAUAACCGUAUUAACAGAUAGCUGCAUUAAUUCAAUAGCCAGAAAAUGUCCGGAGGAAAGGCAGAGAAUCUAAUGAAAACUUUACAAAUCAGCAGCAGUGAAGAAGAGUACGAUACUGAUGGUGACAGCCAUGAAGAAGAGUACGAUGUUGAUGGUGACAGCAAUGAAGAAGAAGAGUACGAAGACGACGAAGAAGAGGAAGAAGUUUUUAUGCUAGGAUUGAUUAAAAAAACUAAACUUGAUCGGUUUCCUUCUCCAUUCAAACCCGUAGCGGGAGGCUUUCCAGCUUGGUUGGAUCCGCUUAAUUUACCAUCCGAUACCUCUAUUAAUUGUGGUAUUUGUGGCGAUCCAUUACAGUUUUUGAUUCAGCUAUAUGCCCCCUUAUGUGAGAUGGAGUCAGCAUUUCACAGAGCUUUAUUUAUAUUCAUGUGUCCCUCUAUGAAGUGUCUUUUGCAAGACCAACAUGAGCAGCGGAAGCAUCCUUUAAAUAAUCCAUCUAGAAGAAGUGUGAAGGUGUUCCGUUGCCAGUUGCCCCGCUCCAAUCAGUUUUACACCUAUGAAGUCUCACAUCAUUAUGAGAAUGUUAAAGCUAGAUUAUGCAGUUGGUGCAGGACCUGUAAAGGAUGCAAUGAUUGUGGAAGUGCACAUUACUGUUCUAAGAAGCAUCAGGUUGCUCACUGGCGCAAAGGUCAUAAAUCUGAAUGUCGUGAGUUGGCUGUCGAUCCUCAGCACAUUAGAUUUAAGCCUGUUCCGAGAUAUACUAUUUGGCCACAAUUUGAAAUCGGUAUUAGUGUUGAACCUAAAGAGAAUCUGAUGUUUGAAAAUGGUGGUUAUGCUACUCGGUUGGCAUCAACAUGCAAUGAGGAUGAAGAAUUUGAUCCAGUGCUAUUCAGUAUUAAGGCAGAUGCAGACCAAAAAAGUUGUGCCACUUUUCAGGAUCGAGUUUUAAGGGCCCCUCGUCAAGUUUUAAGGUAUUGCAGGGAUGCUGGAGCCAAACCUCUAUGGCCCAUGUCAGGUGGCCGGCCAUCAGAGACUGACAUUCCUACAUGCUGCUACUGUGGGGGACCUCGCUGCUUUGAGGUUCAGAUUAUGCCACAGCUACUAUACUACUUUGGCGUGCAAAAUGAUGCAAAUUCUCUUGAUUGGUCAACCGUGGUCAUUUAUACAUGUGAAGCCUCUUGUGAUGGUAGCGCCUCUUGUGAUGGAAGCGUGGCUUACAAAGAGGAAUUUGCUUGGGUUCAACUUCCUGAACUUGCUACACUGAGAUGAUAUGUUCUUGGAUUUUUCCUAUAUCCCCUUUUUGUUUUUUUAGACUGGAGUCGGAUUCUGAUGUGUCUUUAUUGCCGAAACCUAGACUAGACUGCAAUAGUGCACUUGGACGUCAUUUACUUUCUUUUUUGAAUACAUGUUUGCACCAAAAGAUAUGAGUUUGUGUUGGAGCAUGUGCAAUCUUUUGGAACAGUAGAUUUUAAGAAACAUUUAAAUUAAUAUUAUCUUCUGUUAAUCUA